AUGACGGCCGUCCAUGGCGCGAGGCAAAAGCGACCACGCCGUGCAAAAGCAGCAGAUGGAGAUGCGCCCGAACAGGCGGCGAGGCACGAUGGAGGCCGCACCGAUGCUAGCGUCGAGGAGCAGAUAGCUCAAAAGCAGCCAGAGCAGGAAGAGCAGCAGGAUCUGGAGGGCAACGGCGAGAGCGACGAGGACAGGAGAUACGGAUCAGAGGAAGACGAAGGAAACGAGGACGAAGACGAGGACGAAGACGAUGAGGACGACGAUGAUGAUGAUGAAGAGGACGACGAGGAUGAGGACGAAGAAGAGGCAGUAGAGGAAGACGACGAGGGUUCGCCUCUCCGAUUCCUCGAGAACAUCGAUCCAAAUUGGUUCAAGGGAAGGUCACAAGGAUUGACGCCCCAUCCAGCACCGGCCGCUUACCCACGCGGGAUCGAUAGUCGUUCGCCAGCGGCAAGUGCGGACGACACCGAGUUCUACGGUGCUAUGAUCCAGAUGCUCACACACGUCUUGGGCUCCUCGGAUUCUGUCUCCUGGCCCAAUCAACCGACGCCUGGAUCGCAGCUUGCUCCAUCUCCUUUUGCGCAUCCCUACAGCAGCCCGGCAUAUACACCCAGCAAUGCAGCAGCAUCCCUCUCUGCCCCUUCUAGGGUUGUGGCAGGCGGGAGCCGAAGCAACAGCACAAACAAAGGCGCAGGCAGCAAGGCGGAGCUCACGAAGCUGCAGCCGAUGAUCGACGAGCUCAUCGCUCGCCUUCGAAAGGAUCAGCAGCAACCGACACGUCAGCCUGUCGGCGAGCAAGACUUGACUGCGCUGCUGCAGACAUUGAUGCAGCAGCAGCAGCGCCAGCAGGAUCAACAAGCCAGGCAGCAAGGAAUGCCGACUCCGUCCUUGGAUGCCUACUCUCAUCCUGACUAUCUCCUUCCGCAGCAAGGCAUGAUGGCACCUAUAUCCUUGGGUCGAUCUCCUCGGAAUGUCAACAAUGCGGCCUCUUUCGAUUUGCCCCACAGCAACGCGUUCCAACCGAUGCAAUUCGCCGAUCUCGAAUUUGAAGAGGAGGACGAAGACGAUCCCGACUUCAAUCCAGACCUGAACCCGGACUUUCCAUUUCCGUCGGCUUGGUCGAUGGCAGUGCAAGAUGUCGUGGCCUCGGAGGAAUCCCGCGCUGCAGCGGCGGCUGCCGCUGUUGCCGCAUCUCACUCAGGCACCCCUUCUGGCACUCAAACUCCCGCAGACGUGUUGCGAGCCGAUCCAUACAGACCAGGCAAUUUAUCACUGGCUGGAUCUAUGGAACACUUGGCACCGCGUGCGUCCUCAGCGGCAGCUACAGGAGGACGUCGGCCGUCCUUCGAGCCACCUCCUGCUGAGUCAUCAAGGCGACCAUCGCAAGUCCAACCCUCUCCCUCUGUUCAGGUGGCGUCUGUUCCUUCUAGUCGUCCAGCUCGAAACGAAGAUCGAUGGUCUCCGAGAAGAGAUGCGUCUACCCCCGCUCCCAGCUUCGCGGACGCACGUCCAGGCAGUCGUACUACUGUUCCGGACCACCUGAUGUCACCAUCUGGACGACCUGUUCGAACGUCACGCAAAAGACCCGCCUCGCCCACACCCGCAUCGCCACCAAGACCCAUCCGCAUGGAGGCACCUGCACCUUCAUCCACGCCUCCAGAGAACGAGGCCGAUGCCGAGGCUGAAGCAGAGCAGAACGCGCCAAAGAAGAGAGGCAGGAAAGCGGUGCUGGAACCUGGCGAGGCAGCCCGUCGUCGAGCGCAGCGCAACAUCGAGUAUCAGCGCGCGCGACGCCAGGCCAAGAAGGCGGAAGAGUCAGAGCAAACCGAGACGGUUGUCGAGCUCAAGGCCGAGGUUCGAGUGCUCCGCGCCGAGAUCGAGCGACUGCGAGACGAGAAUGCGACGCUGCGUGCUCAGCGCGAGCUAGAUCGUCUUCGACGCUCCAACGGCAGUUGA